UAGAUAGUGGCUUCAGUUAGUUUCUUAUAGAACUAUAAGCAAUUUGAGUGGGAAAUGGAUUCAGCAUCUCUGGUUGCUCACGCGUCUCUUCAUCCGCAGCAGAAUCUUCACACUCUCUUCGUCUACGGCUCUCUCAUGGCUGAUGAAGUUCUUCGUAUCCUCUUGAAGCGUACUCCUCAAUCUUCUGAUGCCCUCCUCAAUGGCUAUCAAAGAUUAAGCAUUAAAAGAAGAGUUUAUCCAGCGAUCAUACCUGUUGAUAGCAAGAAAGUAUCUGGCAAGAUUCUUUCAGGCAUCAAAGACUUCGAAAUGGAUAUUUUAGACGCAUUUGAGGCUGUUGAAUACAAGAGGAUUACAGUUGAGGUCUCCUUAAUGGACGGUUUGGAGAAGCUAUUAGCUUAUGCUUAUGUUUGGGGCAACGAAAAGGAUCCAAACUUGUAUGGAGAUUGGGAUUUUGAGAACAAUUUUAUCUGCUGCUGAUCGCAAGGAGUGGAAGCGAGAUUAUCUGGAAGCUUAUAUCAAGAGGGUUAAUAAAUUUAUGAAAGAAUUUGAGCAGCAGACGACACCAUAGAAAUGUCUGGCCGCUGAUGGAGAAGGAUAACGAUGCUAAGAAUCAGCUCUCCCAUCUCCAGUUUUAUUUUUUUCAAUUCUGCAUCGAGCAUGGGCAAGACCUCCAUUGGCAUAUAAAAAUGAUACAAACAUUUUCACAAACACUCGAUGUGCAUUUCGGACCAUCGGUUUUCUCUACACACUUUCCUUCCAAAAAAAAAAAAAAAAAAAAAAUUAAGAAUCAAAUGCAAGGAUAUAUUUAUGAAUUUAUUGUAUUUAUUAUUCGGUCCUUCAUUUUCUGUAUUUUUAUCUUCCUUGCUACUGUUAUUGUGUUCCUCCAAAUAGGAUGGAUGCUGACAUCUUUCCUUCGGUUCCUUAUUAAUAGAGAUACCUACCUCUGUAUCAGGGCAUAAAAUGUUUUCUCCAUCAUCUCUUUUGUUAUUUUCUGUGAUAUUGUAAACUAAUGAAUGUAUUUGCUGCUGGAAAAACCCAGAAGAUAAGCAAUGUAAGUAGGACCUUAUCUGUUGGUUCUCUUUUGUUCUCCA